UGUCAUGGUGUUGAAAAGAUUUUAAGACUUGUAAUUCAUACGGAUCAAUUGAAAGAAUGGUCGCUUCGUUGCUGGUCGAACCAAACAGAGUUGUAAGUGAAAUAAAUCAUUUAGGAAAAGAGGCUGGAAUCAACUCAUCACUGCUUUCCAGACCUCACUCUGGCUCGAAUUCUGUCAACAUCCCAAUGCGACAAGCUAACGUGUCCGAGAAAUACCGCACGAGUAUGGCUGGUGGUAAUAUGUGCCUUAAAGGACUAGUUUAUGUUGUACUGGUUUUGCUGGCAAAUAGAGUGGAAACUAAAUCUUUCAGUGGAAAUGCAGUUGUGGACGCAAGCAAAGUUAUUGGUCCAUUGGAACACUUCUGGGAGAGCACGGGCUUCUGUCCACCAGACCCUCAUCAAGACUUUCACAAGUUCAUAUUCGCAAAUGACGAGCUCCAAAACCUGGCUUAUGUGGGUUCUGUACCGAACAAUGGUAUAAAGCAAGUGCGAAUUCACUGGUUGCUAGACCUAGUUUCCAUGAAAUUGGAAAAUGAUAAACUUGUCUAUAAUUUCACAUUUCUUGACAAAGCAAUGAAGCUGCUUAUUGAGAAUGAUUUAAGGCCUGGGUUUGAACUGAUGGGAAAUCCAUCAAAUUUCUUUUCAGAUUUCGAUGAUACUGCUCAAAUCUAUUCUUGGAGAAACCUAGUGGAAAGUUUGGGUAAACAUCUCAUCGAGGUCUUUGGGUUAGAGGAAAUUUGUCAGUGGAACUUUGAGUCAUGGAAUGAACCAGAGAAUAAACAGCAUUUUGAUGGUCUCCAUGUCUCCACUAAAGGAUAUCUCAUGUAUUAUGAUGCUUGUUCUGAAGGACUUAAGAUGGCCCAUCCAUCUCUGCGACUAGGAGGGCCUGCCACAGGGUACCCAGACAAACAUCCUAUAUUUUGGUCUCUACUGCAACACUGCAACAAUGGUACUAACUUUUUUACUGGGCAGAGAGGAGUUAGACUAGAUUUUAUUUCUUUUCACAUCAAAGGUCAAGGACACUCUUUAACGAUUUUACAUAAUGAAACAGUGGUUAUUGGAGAAAUUGCUAAACUGAUUCCAAAAUACAUAACUACACCAAUAUAUAAUGAUGAAGGAGACCCUUUGGUAGGUUGGAAUUUAGCUGAAGAAUGGAGAGCAGAUGCAACAUAUGCUGCUAUUGUUGUCAAGAUUCUGGUUCAACAUCAGGACUGGUUCUUAAAGAGUAAUUUCAGCAUCAGAUAUAACCUCUUAAGCAAUGAUAAUGGAUUUAUUAGUUAUCCUCCAGUCCACUUCCGUCAACGCACAUUACUGGCAAGAUUUCAAAUGAACCAUUCUCAUCCACGGAAGGUAGAAUUUGUUAAGAAACCAAUUUUUAAUGUUAUGGGGUUGCUAGCACUGCUAGGAAAUCAGCAAAUUAAGGUUUCUUCUUUUGGAGAAAAUGAAGACUGUGGAAUUGUGGCGAGUAUUUUGAAGCCUCAAAGACACUGUGAUACCAAUGAUUGGGAACUGGCAGCUGUGCUCUACAACAGCAAUGAUACAUCUGGCAGAACUUCUGUCUCAGAAAUAAACUUAACUGUUUUGAACUUGCCAUUGAGACAAGAUGUAGCAUUUGUUGUAUAUAAACUGGAUAAUGAACAUGGAAAUCCAUUUCAAAUGUGGAAGGAGAUGGGUUCUCCAAAGUUUCCUUCUGAUGAACAAUUUCAUAUGCUCCGCCUUCAUCAGGAACCCAUUAGAAGUCUUGGUCCAAGCAUAGUCUCUUCCAGUACAUUGAACCUCCAUCUAACCCUUCCUCUUCCUGGAGUAAGUUUGUUACAUGUUUGUGCAAAGACUGUCUCAGCCCCUCCAAAGGUUGAAGGAGUGAGACUCAUUUCUGUUUCUCCAUAUGAGGUUCUUGUGGUCUGGAAGGAUGUACCAUCAAGAUGCAUCACUACCUUUGAAGUCCUGUACUCAGAAAAAAGUCCUGGUGGACCUUUUAAACGAGUUAAUGAAAUUGAUGUUAUCUUCACAAGCUUUCAUCAUAUGAUGUCUCAAGCAGACAGAAAUAAUGUAGAAGGCUGGUAUUCCAUCGUGGCUGUGGAUUACUGGGGAAGAUACAGCCCUGGUUCAGUGCCAAUCAAACAUAACAAGACAAAAUAAUGAUGUCAUAUUAACCAUUUGAAAGUGAAUGAAUUUUGGGACUUAAAAAAAUUGAAAUCUAGUUUUUUCAAAUAUCUACCUUAAUAUCUGGCACAGUGAAACUUUGUAUUAUCUUGUACAUUAGUUUCAUGUUUAGUGUAUGACUUAGUUUGUACAAGCUCAACACUCAUAAUUUAAACAGAAUAAUUAAAAUGGUAUUUUUCU